AUGUCAAAAGCUAAGCCAGAUUGUAAUAAUGAUGGAGGAGAUUUGAGAGUUCGAACUGAAGAAGGUAUGAAUUUCAGAAUGAUUAAAAAAUAAGAGAAUUAUCUUGAAACUACAGUAUUUUCAGCAUAACUUUAAAAAAUUCAGAAGAACUAAUGAAAACCACAGUAAUCUGAGCAAUAAUUAGGAAAAUUUCUGAAAAAAAGUAAGAAUUGCUGAAUUUAUCUAUUGAAUUUUUCUACAGGAAUACCAAAACUUGAAGCUAAUAUUCUUUAUCCAAAAAAUUUUAUCUAAAAUUGCGAAAUUCAAUUUUUAGAAGAUAAAUUUUGAAAAUGUUAAUUCCUGAAUUAGAGCCGUAUUUUUGAACCCAAAUCAAAAUUUCCUCCGUUUCCUCCAGGCGAGACUUUCAUCACGGCAACUCAAAGACCCGAUGGAACAUGGAGAAAAGCGAGAAAAGUGAAAGAAGGAUAUAUUCCACAAGACGAACAACCGAAAUAUCAGAAUCGAAUGCAAGCGGCGGCAAGUUCGGGAAGAACAAGUAGCUCGGCAAUUGGAAUGACGCCAAGAGCAAUGGCUGCUGCUGGAUUACAAUCCAAAAAACCGAUUAGCGGUGAGAAAAAACGUUUUGGGAGAAGAAAUUCAUUAUUUUGAAGAUUUAGCCCGAAGGCUAAUAUAGUUUGAUAGGAAACAUUUUCUGGAAAAAUGUAACUCUGGAAUUAUAGAAAACCUAGUAUUUUCAAAAAUGCCACGUCAUUGGAUCUUUUAAAGAUUUUGUUCUUGCAAGAAUUAGGAAUUUUCUGGAUACAACAAAAAUAUUUCUGAUCUUUAGCCCUUUCAAAAUUAAUUUGAGGAAAUAAAAAAAAGGAUUUCUAAAUUUUUAUUUUUUUUUAAAUACUCAAACUUAUCGAUUUUCAGCAAUAAACAAAGCUCCAAAUAUGUGUGUUACACCAAAAGAUCAUAUUCAAAAGAAGAUUGAUUUGACGAAGAAAAAAUUGGAUGAUAUCGAAAGCAUGGAGGUAUUGAUUGAUUUUUAAUUUUUUUUCAAGCUUUUUAAAAAUAUUUUCAGAAUCGCGUAAAAUCGGGAGAACUUGUUCCGCAACCAAAUCAAAUCAAGAAAAUUGAGCGGAAGCAAGAAUAUUUGGAUGAAAUUGAUCGAUUAACAAAGGAAAUUGAAAAAUUAUGA